UGGUGCUAGACAGUGCUUGCUUGCCUGCUAUAAAUAAGCAACAAAGCUCUCUCAAAGUGCAGGGUAGUGUAGUGCUGUGUUGGGUUUGCUUCGAUCUCCCUGUGUCUCUGUCCCUCCGUGGGUGUUCAUUGCAUUAGCUAUAGCUUUCUUCUGCCUGACAAAGAUAAUCUAUCAGUAGGAAAAACAAAAAAAAAGAAGGGGAAAAGGAAUGGGAGCACUCGACUACCUUUCGAACUUCUGCACUGUCGACAGCACUAGCACGAGAAGCAGGCGCAGAGCCAUGCAGUAUAUGUGUUAUGUUUUCAUCAUGUCUCCGUCUCUCUUUACCGAGUACCUGCUAGCCAUGCCACGCCAUGAUCAUGAUUUGUUUUCUCUCCCCUUGCCUCACUCUUCUUCACUCUUCAGACAGUUGAGAUCAAAGUUAAGAUGGACUGUGAUGGCUGCGAGAGAAGAGUUAAAAGUGCUGUCAACUCCAUGAGAGGUGUGAGGUCGGUGGAGGUGAACCGGAAGCAAAGCAGGGUGAUCGUGAGCGGUUAUGUGGACCCGCACAAGGUGCUAAAGAAGGUGAAGAGCACGGGAAAGAGAGCUGAGUUCUGGCCUUACAUCCCUCAGCAUUUGGUCUAUUACCCUCACGCCUCUCAGGCCUACGACAAGAAGGCCCCUGCUGGUUAUGUCCGGAACGUCGUGCAGGCCUUCCCGGCCGGUAACUCCGACGCACCAGAGGAGAGGAUGAUCUCUCUCUUUAGCGAUGAUAAUGUCAAUGCGUGUUCUGUCAUGUGAAGAGCUAGCUAUAUGAAGUUAAAUCGAGUAGUACUGUACAUGUACGUAACAAUAGUCUCGAGUUUUGUGGGAGGCUGGUUGUGAUCCUGAGAUGUUUAUCGAGUCGAAAAAUCUACGUUCGAGCCGUUUCAAUUUC